GCCUUUGGCUUCUUUGUUCCAGGCUACACUCCUGGCACACCUUACAAAGUGUCCUGUUCCCCAACCAGCGGAGCUGUGCCACCAUACUCCUCCUCCCCCAAUCCUUACCAGACGGCUGUGUACCCAGUGAGAAGUGCCUACCCCCAGCAGAGCCCGUAUGCCCAGCAAGGCACGUACUAUACACAACCUCUGUAUGCAGCACCUCCUCAUGUCAUUCACCACACCACGGUGGUGCAGCCCAAUGGCAUGCCAGCAACGGUCUACCCUGCUCCCAUCCCGCCUCCUAGAGGCAGCGGGGUUACCAUGGGCAUGGUUGCUGGGACCACGAUGGCCAUGUCAGCAGGUACCCUGCUGACUGCUCAUUCUCCAACUCCUGUAGCCCCUCACCCGGUCACUGUCCCCACGUACCGAGCCCCAGGAACACCCACCUACAGCUAUGUGCCCCCGCAGUGGUGAUUGCCCUGCAAAUUAAUAUUUGAGGAUGGAGCUGUGCAGUCACUUCAUUGAGUUUCACAGCUGGUGCUGCAGGCCUUGUGCCUCCAACCAGGACUUUCUUCUUAAUGCUCCGACACUUAGCUAAACACGACUGCGUCCCAGCCCAGCAGGUCCCAGCUCGCUAGUCUCCAGCUAACUCUGUGGGUUGGUUUUAAAGCAAAUCCUGUUUUGUGGACUGCCUGGCAAAUUUUUUAGCUAACUGUAAUGAUAAAAAAGGGAGUAUUACUCUAUUCUGAAUCAUAUCUAGUUGAAUGCAUGUUUAUCAAAACAAAAACAAAGCUUGCUCAAUCUACCUGCAGUGACUGAUGCAAAACCAUCAUAUGCAAAACCCAAAGGACUGGACCGUGUUCACAGCCUGUUACUCACGCACUUCUCUGAUGUAUGCUGAGUCUCAGUUACACUUGUGCAAGGGAUGUCCUCACGGGAGUGUGAGGAGUACUGGAGGGCACUCCUAGGGUGCUGGGGUUGCCAGUUAUGGACACAGACUUGUAGCUUUCAGCAGCCUGUUUUUUGGCACUGACUGACUGAUCCUGGAGGGAGCUGCAGGGACUGGGGGAGAGAGAGAGAGAGAGAGAGACUGAGCUCCAGAUAGCAGCAGCAGGGAUAGUGGGGCCCCCUCUCCUUCAUUUCAGCUAGAGUGUGCUCUGGGAAGCAGGGAUCUACCUGACGCUUAUCAGGAAAUAGAGGAGCUUGGUGACCAGUCCAGCAGGGGUGAAGAAUGGUCUAUAUGUCAGAGCAGUGUCUGCCAUCUGAGUUUCCGCUGUAUGUCUUACAUGAUGAUGUUUUGUGUAUCUGUUGGGACUGUUGGAAAAGUCCAUUGUAGAAGUAAAUUGUCUUCCUAGGAGGGAAGAUGUCAAAGAGAAGCAGCCACACUGAGGCAGUGUUGCCUUUUGCUUUAUUUUGCUUAGGGAACCAUUCCUUUUUUCCUCUGAGAAUAAUUGCGUCAGCUAAAGACACAGGCACUGCUGUAUUCUCCCACAAAGACUUCAGCUCUGUGCUGUGGAGAGUGUUGUACAUUUAAGACUGGUUACAAGGGAAUACGUGUAUUUUUAGUUCUCAUGUUUCUUGUAGAGAAGCAGGGCUGUGAUUAUGUCUAAAAAUGUAGAGAUGAUGUAGCUUGACUUGGGGUCUUUGACCUGAGGAUGACCUGCCCUCUGUGACUAGUGGGGUGAGGCUAGGGAAGCCUGCAUAAUGGCACUCAGUACCAAGCAGAUGUGGAAAGCAGAAAGGAAGGGCCAGGCAGUUGAGGAAUGCGCUUGCCUGGAAGACUCUAUGGUGGGAAAGAUUUUGAGUGUGUACAUAAGAAAUCACGAGGGUUCUUUUUGCCUGAUUAUGCCCCACCUGAAUCUGUGAGAGUGUUUUGUUCAGUGUGGGUCAGAGGGGCAGGGCAUGAGGACCUCUCUGGGGUCUUGUCAAUUGGGG